AUGUUCAUCCACCGUGGAGGUCCGCUGAAAUUCUGGGAGGCUUUCAAGCGUGGUGGGGAGUUGAUGGGGUGGACAUGCUCCUCUUUGAUGCUCAGAGUUUUCAGAUCUAAAAAACUCAUAAUCAUAGUGUUUUUAACGGUUCCGGCUACUCUCAUGCUCCACUGUGAAUGUUCACCGGCUCCUCGCUUUAGACAACUACUCAAGGCUGGUUCAGUGUUCACACUAAGCAGAUUUGAGGUGGCUCGGUGCCAUCAGAACGACAGGUUUCCGACUCUCCUCUGGUGA